AUGAGACUCCCAAGACUCCUCGCUUUCCUGCUCUGGCACCUGACUUGGUUGGACCUAGAUCUUAUCAGCACUGUUCUGAGUGCCCCAGACCUGGCACAGAGAACCUCAGGGUCCAGACCGGGAUUGGCCAAGGCAGAAGCCAAGGAGCGAACCCCACCGGCCAGAGGCAGCUUCAGGCCAGGGGGACAUGGCUACAAUGGGGCAGCCACCAAUGCCAGGGCAAAGGGCAGCACCAGCCAAGCUGGAGGCCUACUACCCAAGAAGGAGCAGCCCAAAAAGAUGCCCUCGAGACCCGGAGGUCCUGAUCCCAAGCCAGAAUUCCCCCAGGCAAGGCAGGCCGGAGCUCGGACUGUGACCCCCAAAGGGCAGCACCCUGGUGCCAAGGUUCCUCCAAAGGGUGGCCCCAGCUCCAGUACCUUCCUACUGAAAAAGGCCAAGGAGCCAGGGCUCCCAAGCGAGCCCAAGGAACCAUUCCGACCACCCCCAGUCACGCCCCAUGAGUACAUGCUCUCCCUGUACAGGACGCUUUCGGAUGCUGAUAGGAAGGGGGUCAAUGGCAGCGUGAAACUGGAAGCUGGGCUGGCCAACACCAUCACCAGCUUCAUAGACAAAGGGCAAGAUGACAGAGGUCCUACAGUUAGAAAGCAGAGGUAUGUGUUUGACAUCAGUGCUCUGGAAAAAGAUGGGCUGUUGGGAGCUGAGUUACGGAUCCUGCGGAAAAAACCCUCAGAUGGGUCAAAGGCAUCUAUCCCUGGGAGGCCAGCCCAGCUGAAACUGUCUAGCUGUCCCAGUGGCCGGCAGCCGGGCAUCUUGCUUGAUGUACGUUCUGUGCCAGGUUUGGACAGUCCCCGUUGGGAAGUGUUUGACAUCUGGAAGCUCUUCCGAAAUUUUAAGAACUCAGCUCAGCUGUGCUUGGAGCUAGAGGCCUGGGAUCGAGGCCGGGUCAUGGACCUACGUGGCAUGGGCUUUGACCGAGUUGCCCGUCAGGUCCACGAGAAGGCCUUGUUCCUGGUUUUUGGCCGCACUAAGAAACGUGAUCUGUUCUUCAAUGAAAUUAAGGCUCGCUCUGGCCAAGAUGAUAAGACUGUGUAUGAAUAUCUAUUCAGUCAGCGUCGGAAACGGCGAGCUCCCCUCACAACACGCCAGGGCAAGAGGCCCAGCAAGAAUCCCAAGGCCCGUUGCAGUCGCAAGGCACUGCACGUCAACUUCAAGGACAUGGGCUGGGAUGACUGGAUCAUUGCACCUUUGGAAUACGAGGCCUUCCACUGUGAAGGACUCUGUGAGUUUCCCCUGCGGUCUCACCUAGAGCCCACCAACCAUGCUGUCAUCCAGACUCUCAUGAACUCCAUGGAUCCAGAAUCUACGCCCCCCACAUGCUGUGUACCCACAAGGUUGAGUCCCAUCAGCAUCCUCUUCAUCGAUUCUGCCAACAAUGUGGUUUACAAGCAGUAUGAGGACAUGGUUGUGGAGUCCUGUGGCUGCAGGUAG